CGUUUUUUUCGUCUGCUACGCACAUCGCAUCUCAAUCUGAAUCUAGUCUCAAAUCGCUUUUGUGAUUGCUGAGAGAAAAUUUUCUUAAAAAAAAUAGCCAUGGCAAGCUUAUUGUUUUCCCGUGUUGUCCAAAAUACUGCCCAAAGAUGCCAACCUCAAAGAUUGCUUCCCGUAAUUUACAAUUUUUCAUGUUCACAGCAGCGUCAAAUGACGCAUUAUCCCAUUGAUGAUAUAACCAGUGGAUUAACCGAAGAACAGAUCCAGCUAAGAAAAACUGUCUUCGACUUCUUGCAGAAAGAACUUGCCCCCAAGGCCAAUGAUAUCGACAAAAUGAACACAUUCACAGAAAUGAGAGAAUUCUACAAGAAAUGUGGUGCAUUGGGAUUGUUGGGUAUCACUGCCAAGUCAGAAUACGGUGGAAGUGAUGGAGGCUACUUGGACCAUUGUAUUAUCAUGGAAGAAAUUUCAAGGGCCUCUGGAGCAAUUGGUCUGAGCUAUGGAGCUCACUCCAACUUGUGCAUCAAUCAGAUUUCCCGCAACGGAACUGAAGAGCAGAAACAUAAAUACCUUCCCAAGCUAUGCUCUGGGGAUCACAUGGGAGCUCUAGCAAUGUCUGAGCCUGGCUCGGGAUCCGACGUCGUUUCUAUGAAAUUAAAAGCCGAAAAGAAAGGCGACUACUAUGUCUUGAAUGGAAACAAGUUCUGGAUCACUAACGGACCCGACGCUGACGUUCUCAUUAUCUACGCCAAAACAGGCGCAGCAGAUUCAAAACCUCAGCACGGAAUUACCGCCUUUCUCGUGGAGAAAGAUUUCCCUGGAUUUCGCACUGCCCAGAAACUUGAUAAACUUGGAAUGAGGGGCUCAAAUACCUGCGAACUUAUUUUUGAAGACUGCAAAGUUCCUGAAGCCAAUAUUCUCGGCAAGCUUAAUCGUGGCGUGUACGUACUCAUGAGCGGGCUUGAGUCUGAACGACUUGUACUGGCAUCCGGACCUGUUGGUAUUAUGCAGGCAUGUUGCGAUACCGCGUUCGACUACGCCCACAUCCGUAAACAGUUUGGGAAAAGAAUUGGAGAAUUCCAAUUGAUUCAAGGAAAGAUGGCAGAUAUGUACACAACUUUGAGCGCUUGUCGAUCCUACCUUUACAACGUAGCUCGAGCGUGCGAUCGUGGUCACGCCAGCAACAAAGACUGUGCUGGAGUCAUUCUUUACACGGCAGAGAAAGCCACUCUUAUGGCUCUCGACGCUAUUCAGAUCCUAGGUGGUAAUGGAUACAUCAACGAUUACCCCACGGGCCGUUAUUUGCGAGAUGCGAAACUCUAUGAAAUUGGAGCCGGAACCAGUGAAGUUCGCCGUUCAAUUAUUGGUAGAUCGUUGAACGAGGAAUAUAAAUGAAUAUUUUUUCCGUGAUAUCUUAAAUGCCAUUAUUAUGUUGUAAUAAAUGUUGAACGCUUACUAGAAAAAUAUUGGAAAAGGUAUGUGAAAUCUA